AUGGCUGAGCCAGCAGCCUCAUGGGAGCUCAUGGUCAAAUUUCCUCGUGGCCAUUUCGAUGUCAAGGUCCAAGACAUCGACUCUGUACCUGGGCUUCGGGCGCGGUUCCCUAGUCUUACCGAGCCUGCCACAUUCAUCACGGUACACCUCCAUCACUCUCACCAUGCCGUCGUUGAAGGUUACGCCAAACCCUUCUCCAACCCUGGGCACCCAUGUGAUGAAUGGAUAAAUAAAAGCCUCCCUAUUGAUGAUGGCAUCACGCUUCUCGGUCUGCUGGAAGAGCGACGCUUUCACUUUGUCCUGUCCAAGAACAAGGACUAUUACAAUCGGUUCUGGGCUGAAAGCCGGCUCCCCCCUCCAUUCAGCUAUCCCUACAAACAUCGGCUGAGCUGGGACAUUGAGGAGUACCGCAAAGAGUUUUCUGAGCAUAGAGGAGAACCAUUCCUGCGGGCGCCCACUUUCCCCAGCGACGAGGCACGUAUGACAGUUGUCACACAAUCUGCCAUUCAAGACGUUUUGUGGCUCGCUGAGGCCGCUGCUGAGAUCUUCGCCACCAAGCUCUCGGCGUACUUUAUCCCAUCACAGUCUGACCAGGACGGCAUGUGCUCGCGUUAUUAUGUCAUUAUCCCACUGUCCAAAGAGUUCUAUGGAAAGUAUGAACAAGAGUGGCCGGCAUUGACUGACUGUGAGUCCUUCAAACUGGCUUUCCACGACCAUGAUUCUGUCAUAGCGCCCCCCAGUCUGGCAGAAGAGGAGGAGUGGAAGAAGCUGGCGCUCGGCACCUGGGAUGCCAGGAUUGAGCAGUGUCCAAAGCACGUCGAUGUCAUGGCUCAACACCCAGUGGAUGGGAAUGAGCUUGUGCUUUUCGUCAGUCGCGGAGCUCUUGGGUUAAAGGUUCCUACAUUCCAGGACCGCUCUGCUGCCAACACUGCCCUUCGGGGUGAUAAAAGAAGUUGGGCAUGUGUUUCUUUCCUGUUUGAUACGGGUCUCAAGGAGUGUGAGCGCAAAGUGAAUGCUGCUUUCCAGUACCAUGAAGGGGCCGAGCCCAGUAACAUCAUCCCUCCGACCUCCACCAACGACACUUCAUUGAUGAUGGCGUUCCACCGUGCUCUCCAGCGUGGAACUGGCUUCUACGAUGUUUUCAAGGGAGCAUCAAGCUCAUCCAACCCUAUCGAUUCUCUUGCGGAGUCAAUGGAGCAUUCCGUUAUCAGUGAUGAUGGAACUACCGGGCAGCAACUCCCCAAUAUCAGCUACCUCGAUCUCGGCGACCCUACUUACAUUGAUGCUCUACUCGAAGAUGUCCUGCCGCAAGACCGAGCUCGCUUCCGUGGCUACUUUAGCAAUCGCCCACUGGGUCUCUCUCUUGUCACAGCAGGUCCAGGUUUUGGCAAGACCACCGUGAUCGCAGUUGCGACGCUGUCCAUGGUAUCAUCAAUCGGUCCUAUCUACGCCAGCGCGCCUACGAACGUGGCCGUAGACAACUUUGCCUCUCGUCUUAGUGCAGUUGAUCGAAACGCCGUUGAGAGGUGCACCAAGGGCAAGUCUGACGAUCCCGAAAGGAUGCGUCGCCGGGUGAUCAUCCGAGGCUACGCCCUCCUUGAGGAAGUCCAAGCCUUUCGAAGGCUUCUCCAAACCCCCGCCGAUGGUGACAAGGCCGCACCCAAGAGGCACUGGAAGCCCCAGUCAAAAUGGAAGCUCCACCUCUCCGCAUCAUACUGGCUCUUGAUGAUACUGCGCUCGCCUGCUGUCCGCGCCCUCGAGCCCGAAGAUGCAAAGAUCCUUUGGAGUGCCCAGGAACUCUACGAUGCGCAGCCAGAAUUGCAGAAACUUCGGGAGCUGGCAGCUGGGCAUAUCGAAUGGAAGGAGUUCGAGGGCAACAUGGCUGGUGAGCCCAAGCAGAUCCAGAAGAUGCUAGAGACCAUCAUCGCGGUGGCCGACAUCGUUUGCACCACUCCUUCCCAGUCCGAGAGAGUGCCCACCUACAAGAAGUGGAAGAAGAACACAGCCCGGGCUAUCGCUGUGGACGAGGCCGCCAACAUGACCAGACCCGACCUCGAUUGCGUCUGGGGCAAUAUGAUGCUGCCCUGCCUUCUCGUUGGUGACGAGAAGCAGCUUGAGCCAGCUGUCAUGACACAGCAACAGAAAGACCCAAAGACUGGCAAGCUGUACAACAGACAUGUUAGCGAUGGCUCCGUGUCUCCUCUGGCGUUCUUCAAGUCGACAGGCUGGCCAGUUUACCGUAUGCUCACCCAGUUCCGCAUGGCAAAAGGCCUCUUCGACAUCUGCCAGCGUGAAAUGUACUCUGAUAUCCCAUUCGAGUAUGACGCGUGUUGCAAUAUCGACCUCCCCCAGCAUGCGAUCGGUGUCAAAUUGGAGAACUUUGCUCGCCAGAGAUUUCUGGAGCUGUCCCCACCCCCUGCUGGCCAGCUGGCUCCAAUCUUCGUCCACUGCCAGGGCACGGUGUGCCUCAAGGAUCGAAAUAGCACAUCCCUCAUCAACUAUGGUCAGGCGGAGGUCGCCCUGAACUUUUUGGUCAGCUUCGUUCAUGAAACCAAGACCGACCCUUCCCAGAUCGGCUUGAUCAGCCCAUACAAAGCAACGAGCGUGGUGAUCGAGCGUCUGCGCAAGAAGAAGCCCGAGUAUCUCCCCCUUGCGCCAAUGGCACCGGCUGCUACCGUCGACUCAUUCCAGGGUCGCGAGAACAGCAUCAUCGUCGUGGUCAUGUGUACCACAGCAACCAAAGGACCUGGCUUCACGACAAAUAAAAACCGGCUAAAUGUAUUACUCUCCCGUCACAAGAGCGGCCUGGUUAUUUUCGGGGACAUCAACGUCAUGGAGCCAUUGGUUGGUGCCAAAGCUAAAGGCGAGGGCGAGGAAGUAAAGGGGGAGGGAAAGGUAAAGGGGAAAGGGAAGGGCAAGGCCUUUAUCGUCCGGGGGGCUGAUAACAAAGGAAAGUUCUUCCAGGCCAGUAUGUUAAAGAGUGUCCACACCAAUUUUGUUAAAGAGGGCAGAGUAGCUACGGUAGUUUGGGAGAAAAAAAUUGUUUAA